CGGUUUAAUUUGAUCGCGGUUGCGGCCAUAUUUGUCAAAGACAAACAAAACGCCGGUCUUUUCCACUCUGAAGCGUCUGUUGUUUCGACGCGGAUAAUUGGUAAAUGAUGGCAGCAAAUAAUUAUUUUGGGUUUACCCAUGGAGGAACCCAAUACGGAGCGGCAACGGCUAGUGCAGCCUAUGGCGGACAGACUGGAUAUGCCGUAGCUCCUGCUGCAACUGCCGCUACUUACGGCACCCAGCGCGCCGCCGCCACAGGCUACGACACUGCAUAUCAGGCGGCAGCGGCCACGCAAGCAGCGGCUCACGCGCACGCUCACGCGGCGGCGGCGGCGGCGUCGGCGUACGACGCCAGCAAGUCCGCCUACUACCAGCAGGCCGCCGCGGCCUACCCCGCCGCGGCCCCGCCUCAACCCCAGCCCACUUACGACGCCACUGCCGCCAAGCCUGCAUAUUCCACUCCAGCUACUUACGCCCAGUGUACUUCCAUGUACGCGCAGGGCGGGGCGCGCGCGGGGGGCGGCGGCGCCAAGGCGGCCUACGGCGGCGUCUACACCGCCACCACGGCCGCCACCUCCUACCCCACGCAGGCCUACACCGCCACGCCCGCGCAGCCCGCCAAACGUCAGUAUAUACACGUCAACAUAGAGCCAACCAACAGAGGCAACACAGCGUAUGACACAGCUCUCUACAACGCAGCCACUAUGUAUGUGGCACAACAAAACAAAACUGGUGGUGGAACUGGGUGGAAGAACUACAACAAGACAGGUGUCGGCGCAGGACAGGCUCGGCGUCCCAAACCUCCGCCAAAGGCGCAGCAGUUACACUACUGCGAUGUCUGUCGCAUAUCUUGCGCUGGACCACAGACAUACAAGGAGCACCUGGAGGGACAGAAGCACAAGAAGAAGGAGGCGGCCGUGAAGCUGGCGGCGGCGGGCGCGGCGGCGGCGGCGGGGCGCGCGGCGGGCGGCGCGCUGCGCUGCGAGCUCUGCGACGUCACCUGCACCGGCGCCGACGCCUACGCCGCGCACGUCCGCGGCAUCAAGCACCAGAAGGUCGUCAAGCUGCACACCAUGCUCGGCAAGCCCAUACCCUCCACCGAACCCACCAAGCUCUCGCAAGGAGACAAAGACAAGGACGGAGACGACAAGGACGACGACGCGGACGCGGAGCCCGAGGUACAGCCCGUGGGGCAGGACUACAUCGAGGAGAUACGCGGCGACGACGGCAAGGCGCUCAGCUUCAACUGCAAGCUCUGCGACUGCAAGUUCAACGACCCCAACGCCAAGGAGAUGCACAUGAAGGGCCGUCGUCACAGGCUGCAGUACAAGAAGAAGGUACAACCCGACCUGGAGGUGAAGGUGAAGCCGUCCAUGCACCAGCGCAAGCUGGCCGAGGCCAAGGCGCAGCGCAUGAUGGUGCGCGACGAGAUGUGGGCCCGUCGCAGGAUGCACGAUGGCAUGGAGGAAGAUGACCGUAUGUAUUGGGAGGGUGGUAUGGAGCCGUGGUGGGGCCGCGGGCCAGUACCGCCGCCUAUGCACCAUCACCAUCAUACGAUGGGCAUGCCGUACGGCGGCGUGGGACGCCGGCCCGAGACGUCGGACGACCGGCACGUGCUGGGCAAGCACGCGGAGAUCUACCCGCCCGACUCCCAGCUGCAGGAGAUACAGCGCGCCGUCUCACACACUGAGAAGGCGCUCAAGUCACUCUCCGACGCGCUCGCCGAGCAGGCCAAGCCAAAGGUCGUCGGCAAGGCGACUAAACCUGAAGAUCAAAAGAUUGAAAAACCAGAAGGAAAAGAGGACGGCCGGGACAAUCAGUUGUUCUCGUUCGCGUGCGAGGGCGAGGCGGGCGCGGCGGGCGGGGCGGCGCCGCGCGCGCUGAAGGGCGUCAUGCGCGUGGGGCUGCUGGCCAAGGGGCUCGUGCUGCGCGGGGACCGCCGCGUGCGCCUCGUCGUGCUCUGCGCAGACAGGCCCACCGUCACGCUGCUCAAGCGGGUCGCCACCGACCUGCCGCACCAUCUCGCCAAGGUCAAGGGCGGGGCGGAGGAGCCGCGCUACAAGGUGGAGCUGCAGGCGGCGGAGGGCGCGGUGUCGGUGUCGGACGGGGCGGUGUGGGUGCUGGUGAGCCUGACGUCGGCCGUGAUGCGCGAGCCCGCAGACGGUGGCGACAUAAAGCGAGACGACAAGGAUGUGCUACCGCGGCAGAAGUGUUUGGACGCGUUGGCCGCCCUUCGGCACGCCAAGUGGUUCCAGGCCAGGGCCGCCACGCUGCAGUCCUGCGUCAUCAUCAUCCGCGUCAUGCGCGACCUCUGCCGCCGCAUUCCCAACUGGACUCCCCUCAACCCCUACGCGAUGGAGUUGUUGGUGACGGGCGUGAUGCAGUCUGCGGGCGCGGCGCUGUCGCCGGGCGAGGCGCUGCGCCGCGUCAUGGAGGCCGUGGCCGGCGGCCUGCUACUGGACCACGGGCCCGGCCUGCGGGACCCCUGCGAGAAGGAACUCAACGAUGCUUUGGGUAACUUGCCACCGCAGAAACGCGAGGAUCUGACUGCUUCGGCCCAACAAUUCCUUAGACAAAUUGCCUUCAGGCAAAUACAUAAGGUGCUAGACAUGGAGCCACUGCCUAAGCUGAAGCACGCGACGGGAGCCUGGAAAUUCCCGCGCAAGCGUAGGCGCUCCAACACUGACACUGAACCUGACACGCCUAAUGGUGAAGGUAAGGUCGUCAAAACAGAAGAGAAGAUGGAUGCAUCGGAGAAUCCCGCCAAGAAGUAACGGAUGAGUGCACUGGAGCCCGCCAGUUGACGCCGCCACUGCUCGGGGGCUGCGCUUUCUCGCUCUGCGGGACUCCACCAGGAGGAUCGAUAUCCAUUAAUUGUACAUUAGUUAAACACAAAAUCUAUCUGAUAUUUUGUAUUAUGUGUAUGGGUUACACGAAAUUUAUUUUUGGUCACCAACACGUGGUCAUGAUCUGUCCAAAAUAUUUUAGUACACAAAUAAAAUGCCGCGGUUUACAGUAGUGUUAAAUAUUAGUUAGGUUUAGAUUAUUCUAAUGAUGUAGGUAGUGUUAGGGUAUGCGAAGAGACAGGGAUAGUCGGAUUGACGAUAUACUGAUCGCUGUGAAGGAAUUGUCAUGUAAAUGAUUGGAUUUAUAGAAUAAUGGAUCAUCUUCGGACUAGCGAUUCUCUGGGAUUAAUAUAAUUGAUAACAUUUUAUGGAUAUGUAUAAAGAUUUCAUAUUGUGGCGACAAAGUUGACCGCUAGUCCGCAGGUAGUCUGGAGAGUGUAGGGUUUCAGUAUUUGACGUUAUUCAUAUUUAGUUCCUUACCUGUCUGGCCACUCCAGAAACAGGUAUGUUCUUCUGCAAAGAUGCAGUUUCUUUUUAUUAUAUGAUUAACCUAUUUUUUAUUAGUUUCGUAAGGUGUAUAUUUUUCGUGUAUGUAUUUGAAAACGCUGUUUUGAAUGAACGCGAUAUGUAAAAGUAUACAUAGCAUUGAAUCCAAAGUUUGGCAUAAAUUUUGCUUUAAGUCCUGUCUUCAGAAUCGAAAAUAAUGUUGAGUAAUGUGGCAGUAGUAGUGUUAUCUAGUACCAAUAGGUACUUUGUUUUACUAGAAUGUCAUGUAGGAAAAAAAUACUUCUGGUGUAGGCAAUAAGAACAGUUGUAUUGUAAGCUCAUGCAUCUGACAUCUGAAGGAUGCAGUCGUCACAUGUGAUUUUUACAUUUUGUAAACGUUAUUGAAAUUGCAAUAAUUGACGCCUUAUUUGUGUGUAGUCUACAUUUACAAAACCUUACAUUUCAGGUUAAUGUUUCUUUAUAGUAAUGUUACACGAAUCAAUGUUUUUUGCUAGGCACGAACAUUUUGUAUUAUUCAAUUGAUGUCUAAAACUCGUCACACCAUCGUAUAAAAAUUAAAAUUCGGUGUGAUGAACCUAAUAUAUUAUUACUUAUUUAUAAAAAUAGGGUUAAAUGUUGUGACCCUUUAAAAGUUAGAUAGAUUUAACAAAUAAUCCAUUUUGGACUAGAUUCUGUGAAAAUGUUUUUUUAAACUACUUUGGGAGAUUAAAUGUCAAUAAAGAUAAUGACGAAAGUUAAUUUUAGUUUCAUUUAACGUCGUUGAAGCGUAUAGCUACACAG